AUGCUCUUGAAAGCGUCGUCGUCAUUUCCAUCGGAAUACCUCAUUACAUCUUUCUCAAUUCUAUCUCCUCCGUUUUGCUGGAUUCCGGAUAUCACGAAACGGCGAUCACUAUCGUCAACGGACAUUGCUCUUUCACCGGAAUAUGAUCACUUACCGGAAACGAAGUAUCUUAAAGAAGCUGGAUGGGGUGAAAGAAGCCAUGUCACGUCUCGUCUCUUUUGUCAAGCGCGGAACAAUAAGGUAUUCUCGAAUGAUGAUCAGGAUUCUAGGGAUAUCAUCGAAUCGGCAAUAACUGAAGCUCGUGCAUGGGCAGCUGCCCAGACGGCUGAAGUGAGGAAACCAUGGAGCACGACAGAGCUGGAAGCUCUAACAUGGGAUAUGCAGUGUAUGCUAGUCCAUAAUAAACGGCGGAUGAAUUUUCAAACGAAUUGUGCAGAUCUGAUUAAGAUGGUGGCCAGACCGAAAGAGUGGCCGGCGUUUGCAGACCUACUUGACGAGGUUGAGAAGCUCAGAAGGCAAUUUCAGACGUUCUCUCUAAUCCAUAUCCCAAGAACGAAGAACACAAAGGCAGACAAGCUAGCACAGAGUGCUCGAGAUCAGCCUUACGAUGUGUAUUAUAUCAACUCAGUUCCACCGGUUUCGCUCCCCGAACCGUUGUAG